AAAAUGUUCGAAAUUGACCAACCUUUUAUCAAAUUUCCUUCUCGUAGAUCAGUGGUUUUUGGUACUAAUGCUAUGGUAGCUUGUACUCAACCCUUGGCAUGCCAGGCGGGUUUAGAAAUUUUAAAAAAAGGCGGAAAUGCUGCGGAUGCUGCUGUUGCAACUGCUGCUGCCUUAAAUGUAACAGAACCUGCAUCGACUGGAAUUGGCGGAGAUUGUUUUUGUUUAUUUUAUGAAGCAAAAACAAAGAAAAUACAUGGAAUGAAUGGAUCAGGAAGAUCACCAUCAAAAUUAACACUUGAAUAUGCUCGAGAUAAAUUAGGAAUCACUGAAAAUUCUAUUCCAUAUACAAAUAUAAAUUCUUGUACUGUACCUGGAGCAGCAGCUGGAUGGAUUGAUUGUAUUGAAUGGUUUGGUAGUGGUAAAUUAUCUCCUGGAGAAAUUUUAAAACCGGCUAUUGAAUUAGCAGAAAAUGGAUAUCCUGUAUCCGAAAUCAGUGUGUGGGAGUGGAAAAAUAAUGAAAAGAUUCUUCAAACCGCAUCGCCUAACGGAAGCGAUAUGUUAAUUGAUGGUCGUGCUCCAAAUGUUGGCGAAAUUAUGCAUAUGCCGAAUUUAGCUAGAACUUUUCGUGAAUUAGCAGAAAAAGGAAAAGAUGGGUUUUAUAAAGGUCGAAUUGCUGAAGCCAUUGUGGAAUUAAUUCAAUCAAAAGGAGGUGUAAUGACUUUGGAAGAUUUAGCAUCUCAUACAACUACGCGUGUUGAACCAAUAAGUAUUGAGUAUAAGGGUGUAAGGGUUUGGGAAUGUCCUCCAAAUGGUCAAGGUAUAACGGCACUUAUAGCAUUAGGAAUUCUCGAAGCUUUACAAGAUCAAGGAAAAAUUCCGAGCUUAGAUUCUCUUGAGCAUAAUUCUACACAAUAUAUACAUAUAUUAAUCGAGAGUUUGAGGUUAGCAUUUGCUGAUUCUCAAUAUUACGUUACUGAUCCUGAAGUUCACCAUAUUCCCAUAAAAGAGUUAUUAUCGAAGGAAUAUUUAAGUAAACGAGCACAAUUAAUUAAUACGUCCAAAGCUUCAGUUGAUGUUAAAAAAGGAUCUCCCGUUAAUUCAAGUGAUACAGUGUAUUUCUCUGUCACUGAUCAAGAAGGAAAUGCUUGUAGUUUUAUUAUUUCCAAUUAUGAUGGGUUCGGAACGGGAUCUAUACCAAAAGGUUGUGGAUUUACGUUACAAUGUCGCGGAUCAGGUUUUAUAUUAGAGAAAGGACAUCCAAAUUGUCUUGGACCUAAUAAAAGACCAUAUCAUACAAUUAUUCCAUGUAUGGUAACUAAAGAGGAUGAAUUAUGGUUAUCUUAUGGAGUUAUGGGAAAAUUCAUGCAGCCGCAAGGACAUGUUCAAGUUUUAUUAAAUCUACUUCAUAACAAUCUAAAUCCACAAACAAGUCUUGAUGCGCCAAGAAUAUGUAUUGGUCUGGGUAUUCCAGAUGAUCCAUCAAAUUCAUCAUAUACCACUUCUAUAGUAUAUGCAGAAGAAGGUGUUGAUAAAGAAGUAAUUAAUGAAUUAAAUAAAAUGGGACAUAAUGUUAAAUUAGUUAAAGGAUGGAAUAGAAGUAUGUUUGGUAGAGGUCAAAUUAUUGAAAAAAGAAUAGACAAGAGGAGUGGAAAACUUAUUUGGGCCGGAGGAAGUGAUCUUAGAGGUGAUGGUAUGGUGACUGGAUGGUAAUAAUUUUAAAUUUAUUGAAUUGUCCAGUUUAAUAAAAAUGAUAAAUUAACUGAUCAGUUUCACCAUAAUAUUCUAAAUUAUACUAAUAUAAUUUUAUAAUGUUAUUCAAGUUAAUUUAAACUUAAGAAAUUUUCUGAUCAAUUUUUUGCUAAAUAUAGAUUUAAAAGCUUGUACUGAAUUUUAUUUAGCAUAAUAUAAGCCAAAAUUAGAUAACUAUUCAGCUGGUAAUCC